UGCAGAGCCUGUUUCUCUGGGUGUGGCUGGCAGUCACACAAUACUUUGCUUGGAGUUGCCAAGGCUCUCGGGCAAACAAAUGGGGACGCCUGGGCCACCUUUCGCAUUUCUUGAUCUUCCUGCUGGGCCGUACGUGUGCAUGAGGAUCCUCUUUCCUUCCACGGCUUGCUCUCCAGAGCCCUUAUCCUGGUGGCAGAAUUAAAAGAAAGUUUCUCUCCUCCAUAUUUCUGCCUAGCAAGAGCUGCAUUCUUCCUUUUGUUUUACUUUCCACCUGAGAAAAUUCACAGUGAACUACCAGUAGACAGCACAACCCAUAUGGAAAAGGAAAUCUGAGAUCGGAGGGUGUGACUUGUGCAAAGGACAGACUGGAUUUGGGGAUUGCUUUUCUGCCAAAUGGGAAUAUUCUCCUCUGCAUUUAAUAACUGCAACUUUUGCGUGAUGGCACAGUUUGCGUUGCUAAAGCCAGGAUGCCUCCGUAAAGCCCAUCGCAGUACUGCUAGGGGUGUCUAGCAACCGACCAGUGGGUACCCUAUGAGUUGGGUUUCUUAAUUUGCUGUGCUUCUGUUUCUUCCUUUACUCCAUUUUGCAAAACAUGGCUGGCAAAGCAGGAGAACCUCGGGUCCCCCUGACGUUGCUGAAGUCCCGGCUGAAAGCUGAGGAGAAGAUCCUAGACUUUGACUUUGAGCUGACGAGCGUGCAGUUCAAUGAGACGGGAAGAUAUUUUCUGAGGCUGACGGCAGAGAACCCACUGCUGGAAGGAUCGGGAGCUGGUGUGCGUCUCCAGGUCAAUGAAGGAGAAAUCCUGUACACCAACACGGCCACCACUGAUGUUGUGGAGCAAAGCAACCUGAAUGAAGUCUAUACCUUUGAGAAACGGAGGUUCCUCUUCACCCUGCCCAAAGGCUUCUGCAAAAAUGACAAAACCCAUGAUGCCCGGCUGCGAAUUGAAGCCUUACGCCUCCAUGGUUCCUCGCUGAAGAGCAGCAUCAAAACGGGGGAGGCUUUCUUUGCCAUCUACCCCCGCACCAACCAACCACGCAUGAAUCUUUUUGCGAGCCGAGAUGAGGACCUGUACCGCUAUAGUGACAUUAUGGUGCUGCUGCGGGCAGGCAGGGAUGAACUGGCAAUGCAUUGUGGGAGGCUGGCCUACACAGUGUCCUUCCAUGAGCACCGUCCGGUGGCCCAGAGAAGGACGCCCAUAACGCCUCGACGCCUUUCACCUUUGCCUCCUGGCAAGCAAGGGGAGAUGCCCGUGGAAACGAGUCAAACUAAUUACCCACCUCCUUUACAGUAUUUGGGGAUCCCUCACCAAACUGGUCCAGUGUCUAUAGCGGAGCCACCCUUUCCAUUUUCACUGACUGCGGAAUCCCGUGCUUUUGGGGUAAGGAACAAUAGCGGUUCUUGUCUACAUGCCCAUUUUGGAGCGGGCUAA